AUGGAAGACGAGCAUGUCAUGGCUGAAAUCAUGCUCAGCGAGGACAUAGACGAGGAGGGUGACUUCAGACCCAGGAUCGACGCAUCUUCAAGCUUCCAGCGCGAAACCAUCACAGAUGGCCGAGGGGUCGUCGACAUCCGUUGCGUGGCCAAGGACGUUAUCCACGGCUACUUCAAACAUGGUUUCCAGUUUGACUCGCACAAAGGGACGCGCCGUAUCGCCAAAGUCGAUAUCCAGUUCGUCUACGAAGGAGAUGAGAUAGGAUCUGAGCUCGACGUCUUCGAAAUCGCGCCCAAAGGGAGGUGGACGCUGGAACCGAGGGAGCAGACAGACGUCAUGAUAGGGGGUGAGGGGGCCGACAACUGGGCAGCAAAGUCCGGCUACAAGUUGAAAAGAACCACUACUCGAGGGAUGCAACACGGUACGACGGUGGUAGGGUCCACCGAGGUCACAAACCGCAUCCACGGUCCCCCGAAUGUAGCACGGUGGUCACUGAUGGAAAAUACGUCAGCGGGGGUGCCUACCAUUUUUCGGGCGGUCGUCUUGCUGAGGAGGGAAGAUGACUUCCCCUUUCACAGCAGCGUCAAGGUCAAAGCCUCUGUUGAUUGGAAGCGCAGGCUCUCUCCGCUGUUUGGCGCCACACCAGCAGACCACCAUAUCCUUUACGACCCUAGGCUGCCGCCGACCAACAAGCUGCAUAUUUGCGACACGUAUAAUCUGGGUCACGUUUCUCUGCGGGGCUUAAUGCGUAAUUAG